UUUUUUUUUUUUUUAAUUAUCACUUAAAUUUAAACAAUAGUACAUUCGCUUAAACAUUACAAAGAUUGUAACGCGUGAGAAUUUAAAAUAAUCUUAAUUUAAAAUUUUUAUCAUUGUUCUAAUAAAAAAUGAACAAGAGGACAUUUGUGAUGGAUAGUCUUUGGAUUGAAUGAAGCAAAAUUGUGCAUAAUUUUCUUAUAAUUAAAAUACUCGUUUGUAAAAAGGAACAUCGAAGGAUUUACUUUAUAUUUUUAAAUAACUAUUAAUUAAAUAUUUAAAUUGAUAAAAGAGAAGUCUCGAUAGAGUUAUUGCUUUUGAAAGAGAAAAGUCAAGUAGAGUAUUUGCUAAAAAACAAAGACUUUUAGAGUUAUAUUCCAUAGUUCUAUAUAAUAAGUUGAUGAAUUUUUAGGUCAGAAUUUUCAGCAAUUAAUGUAUUAAUUCUAAUUUUUCCUACGCUGCGAAAAGGUAUCUUUUGAAAAAGUAAUAAUCAGUUUCUAUAAAAAAAAUCUAUUAAUACUGUUAUUUUAAUCUGUACUAACCUAUACCAUCCUAAUUGUUAGGUUAUGUAUGAAAGUCUUAUCAGAUUCUCAGAACAUUUACAUAAUGUUGUAAACACGUUAUCUUCGUUUAAAAGAUUAUAUUUACAUAUGGUAAAAUGAUCAAGUUAAAUUUACGAGUUCCUACAGAAUAUUUAAAGAAAUUAAAAAUUCAUUAUAAAGAUAAUAUUAGAAUCAAUAAUAUCAGACAAUACACAGAUUUUGUGAAAGUGGUUGAAGUAGGACCAAGAGACGGAUUACAAAAUGAGCCUAAAAUUGUACCUACUAAUACCAAAAUUCAAUUAAUAAAUAAACUAUCUGAAACAGGUUUGCAAAGUAUUGAAACCACAAGUUUUGUAUCGCCAAAGUGGAUUCCACAAAUGGCAGAUAAUAUUAUUCUUUUCACACAAAUAAAAAGAAAGGCAGGUAUAUCAUAUCCAGUGCUGGUACCAAAUUUGAAAGGACUAGACAAUGCAUUAAAAGUAGGUGUUAAAGAAAUUGCAAUUUUUGGAGCUGCGUCAGAGACAUUUUCGAAAAAAAACAUAAAUUGUUCUAUAAAUGAAAGUAUAAAAAAUUUUACAGCUGUUAUAAAACGAGCAAAUGAACAGAAUAUAAAGGUGAGAGGUUAUAUUUCUUGCAUUGCUGGAUGUCCUUAUGAAGGAGAGAUUAAGCCAAAAGUUGUAGUUGACUUGGCUUUAUUAAUGUUGAAUCUUGGAUGUUAUGAAAUAUCCCUAGGGGAUACAAUUGGUGUAGGAUCGCCUAAAAAGAUUCAGAGACUUCUGAAAGAAUUACAGCAAGUAUCGUCAUACGAUAUGUCUAAAUUUGCUUUACAUUGUCAUGAUACUUAUGGUCAAGCAUUAGCAAAUAUAUAUGCGGGUCUUGAACAUGGCAUUAGAGUAUUUGAUUCUUCCGUUGCUGGACUUGGAGGAUGCCCAUAUGCAGCUGGUGCCUCAGGUAAUGUUGCGACUGAGGAUUUACUGUAUCUUCUACAUGGACAAGGCUUAGAAACUGGAGUAAAUUUCAAUGAAAUAGUAGAAAUAGGUAAUUAUAUUAGUAAGGAACUAGAUAGGAAGAAUCAAUCUAAAGCUGGACUUGCUAUCCUUGCCCAAAGAAGUCAUUAAUCUUUAUAGACAUUUAUGUAUAAAUAUUAUGUUUAUACUAAUUUUAUGAGAAUCUGAUUAUAUAUACAUUGUAAAAAUAAUGUUAUAUUUGUUUGUAAAUUUACAUUUUUAUAAAUAUUACAUUAUUGUAAAUAAAAUAUGUUUUUAUUUUUAUAAUAAAUUAUAACAUUUUUUAUUAUACUAUAAUUAACUUUAUUUAUAUCGUGCAAAAAUUGAAAUUACUAUCUGCAAGUAAUCUCAUAUUGAUAGAAGUAAAUAUAUGUAAGUGAAUAAUAAUAUAUUAUAAGCGAAUACAAAAAAUAUAGACAAAUAAUAUAUUUUUAAAAAAUUUGCAAAUUUUAUAGACGUACUAUUCAUACACUGAAUAUGAUAAGUAUACUAUUAGUUUUUAUUUUAUUAUUUAAGUCAUAUUUAUUUGUAAAUUUAAUAAUACCAAUUAUGAUCACAUAUACACACGCAUAUUAUAUAUAUUAUAUAUUUUUAAUUCAGAAUAUUAAUCGCAUAUUAAUAUACAAGUAUACAAGUAUAUGUUAAAAAAGUACAUUAUAAUACAUCAUAUUAAAAUAAUGGAUGAAAAAAUACAUGGCAUAACUAUGUAUUCAACCUGUUACGAAAUAUUUGAUAAUUCUUGUAAUAUAGCCUGUGUAUCUAAUGUACUGAGGUCAAUUGAUCCUCGAGUGUCAACAACAACACCAGUUACCUAAAAAUAUGUAUAUUGUAAAUUACUUGAAUUAAAAAUAUUAUUUAUUUGAAAUAUGUAAUUUAUGUUUACCAUAUCUUCAAAAAAACCUGUAUGAUUAGGUUUCUCAGAAUAUCUUUCAUAUUGAUCUAAAUUAUCUCGCAAUUUUAAAGUAAGACUAUCAUAAUUUUGUAUUAUGAUCGCCAUAAUUUGUUGUUCAGAUGGAGUAGAUAAACUUUCACUAGUUAACCAUGCAGUUAUUUUUGGUGAAAAAUGAUUUACUAUAUCUCUCAUAUUUACUAACGAAUUUGUUAAUUUAAGUGCAUGUUCUUUAUAUUCAUAUGAUUCACUAGUUGAGUAUCUUAAUGCUGUAAUAUAUUAAGUAAUUUGAUUAUCUUAUCCACUUUUAUUUUUAUAAUAAUUAUAAAGUUAAAAUUUAUACGCAAGAAAUGUAUUUACCCAUAGCAUUUAAGUUUGUGAAGAUAAGUUUCAUUCGUAUAAUUUCAUAGAAUAAUUCAUCAUAACUACUUGAUGAAGAUAAAAAUGUAUCUCCAUAUGUAAUGAAAAAGUUCAAAAUAUUAGCGACCUAUGAAAGCCAAUGCAAUAUUAUAAUUUUUUGAAAGCUUCUUCCAUUGAGAGUCACGUUACCUGAAUAGCUAAUGGAAAAAUAUUCAUUUUCUUAAUCAGAUGACUCUCAUGAGUAGUAAGAAAUUUCAAAAGAUUGAUUAAGGCAGUCCAAAGAUCUCUCCAUUGAUAUCCAAGUCUGACUCUGCAUCUCUUUUGAUAACACAAAAGUCUUUGCAAAACGCCAAUACAUUGAUGAUAUAAUUCAAGAGGAAACUUCUUCAUCAUAUGCGAUGUUAUAAAUUCGACUAAUAAAUCUAAAAUUAAAUAAUAUUGACAUAAUAUUUCAUGAAAUAUAAAUAAGACAAUAAGCAAUAUAACAGUUAUACCAAGCAACGUAGCUGCAAGAGGUUGUGCAGGUGCUGCUUUGUCUUGUAAUUUUCUAUGAUGCAUAGGUACUCUGUGUAACUGUACUCUAAAUGCUAAAUUUGCAUCAUGCAUCAAACUAUUUGCAUAUUGAUCUUCUGCAAUACAGCUCAAUAUUAGGAAACAUAAUUUAACAUUAUUCAUUAUUGCCUCUGUCCUUAUAACCUGCAUAACUAUCGAACUGAAAUGAUACAAAUUGUUACAGAUAAUAAUUAUAAGAUUAUUGACAUUUUUUCAACAACAAAUGUAUAUAUAUAUAUAUAUAUAUACAUAUAUAUAUAUAUAAAGUAUAUUCUUUCUCCCAGAGAAACCAUUACAAAAUAAAUGAAUUUUUAUUUUUAUAGGAAAUAUUUUACCAGUACUGCAAAAACGUAGCAAGUAAAUUAAAUGGUUGAGCCAUAACAUCUGGUGGCUGAGCUCCAGGAGCUACGGCAUUAGGACCAAGAGUAUUAUUUGGUGAAGGUGGAGCGCUUGUAUCACUUUGCGUAUAUGCCAAUGUAGUUACGAAAUUACGAUUUAAAUGUGUGGCCUCAUAUAAAGCUAGUAAUAAAGCAUUAUUUGCACGAA